AUGUCGUACCUGGAUCGCUUUCUACAGUUUCCUGUGAUUACUCCAAUCGAUGCUGCCAGUUUGCCUUCGUUCAAGAGCAGCUGCGAUGCUGUGGUAGUCGGGUACACUGGCUUGGAAGAUCCUGUUUCUACUACCCAGUUCGAGAACUUAGCCAAAUCUAUGCACCCCGAGCUUGUGUUCGGCGUCACUGACGAUUCAGCUCUAGCGCAAGCAGAAGGUAUCAAAACCCCUGCAAUCGUGGUGUACAACAAUGCUGCCAAUGAACGAGGCGCACUACCCAUUACCGGCGAUAUUGAUGAGCUAAAAGCCAAUAUCCGGAAAGCAGCCUUGCCCUUGAUUGUCGAUUUGUACCCUGAGAUUCAUGAAGAUCUGCUCGAUAUGGGCACACCUUUUGCAUACAUCUUCACCGAGCCAGACAGCGCAAUUACGGAAGACUUCCAUGUCGAGCUUGAGCAGCUGGUGCGUCAGCACCGUGGAAAGAUACAGUUCAGCAUUGCUACAGCAUCGAGAGUCCCGUCCAUCGUGCUGGACAUGCAUCUACAGGCCUCGCCCUUGCCUGCCCUUGCUAUUCGCGAGCCCCUUUCGAAUCUGCGCUACCCAAUGCUGGCGUCGACGACCGCAAAACCUGAAGCAUUCGUCACCGAGGUGACGGCCUUCACGAGAGACUACCUUGCUCUGAAGCUUCAACCCACGAUCAAAUCUGAACCUAUCCCGCCUUCCUCACCAUCUUCUCUGGUCAAGGUAGUCGGCCAGACUUAUGCGUCCAUUGUCAACGACUUCACACGCGAUGUGUUGCUUAUAUUUUGCAUCGAGGUUUGCGCGCCGUGCGAUCGGCUAUAUCCGACGUUGGAAGCACUGGCAGAAAUGUAUCGUGCGGAGGAAUCGCAGAAGAAGACCACAGUAGCAACUAUCUUGCAUGACAAGAAUGAUACUGGGCUGCGGCGCGUACGAGCGUUUCCGACGAUUAUGCUCUUUCCAGCAAGGGAUAAGGGCCGGCCAGUGAGGUUUCUGGGGGACAGAACGGUGGAGGCGUUGAGGGACUUUAUUAGUGCGAACAGGAGUUUAUAG